GUAUUUUCUAUUAAUUCUCUAGCAAUGAGUUCUAUGUCAUCAAUCAGAGACAAUAAUCUCUCGCCGGUGCUAAUGCUGUUCGCUGCCAUUACUGCCCAACGCCAACGUCAACCCUAUGCGACCUCGCGUCUGUUUACUAUGUUUACACUGGUGGAUGCGUGUCCGUGGGUGCGUGCAUGCAUGCUGGCAGUCGGUUUCCAGAAGAUAGUAGAAUUUGCUCUUCGAUACCCGAGAAAAAAACUUAUUGUCAUUGUUUUGGUUAUAAAUGAAUUAUAUGUACUAAUCACGUUUAUAAUUUUAAACAAAAGUGAGAAGUGAAAGGUAUACAAAUAAUCGAUAUGAAUUAAGUAUUAUUUUAAUUAGAAAUUAUUUGAAAGUUGUGACAUCUGCGCCGUGAAUUGCCACAAACGUGAAAUUGCAUAAUAUUUUAUUCGUGUAAAUAUAAUAAUGGAUAGCAAUAUGUGUGGAUUGUACAUCAUGGUACGACGAGCCUUGUUAUCACCCUCCUAUAUCACAAAACCGGCGAGUGAAAGUUGAGAGUUUAUAUCGCUCGCAGUGAAGCCUGAUCCGGGUCGUGGGCAGCCGUCAUUCGUCCAGAUUGCCGGCUGUGGGUG